AUGGCGUCGUGUCCCCCCUCGCUCGCGUCGUCGUCGUCGUCGUCGCGCGUCGUCGCUUCGCGCGGCGCGCGGUCGCGGCGCGCGGUCGCCGCGGCCGCGGACGCCGCGACGACGUCGUCGAGAUCGACUCCCUCGAAACGAUCGUCGAAACAAUCGUCGCCGUCGCUCCCGCUCCCCGCGCCGUCGCACGCGUCGCAUCGCGCCAAGGUCCUCGACGCGCUCCCCGCGAACAAGCUCGUGCACGUCCCCGCGGGGCGCGAGCAGACGCGCAACGGCGUGGAAGGCCACGCGCGCUUCCGCCAGGAGCCGUCGUUCCUCUACCUCACCGGCGUCGAAGAUCCCGGCUACCACGCGCUCCUCCGACGCGACGAUGAUGGUGGCGACGGCGGCGACGCGACGACGACGCCAUCGCGCGAUCGGUUCGUGCUCGUCGCGCCGCGCCGCGACGUCGAGCACGAGGUCUGGUGCGGCGCGCAGCCGAGCGCGGAGGCGCUGCGGGCGCGCACGGGCGCGGAUGCCGUCUUCUACGACGACGAGUGGAGCGACGCGCUCGCGGCGAUGGGCGCGCGCGAGGGAGAGACCAUCUUCCGACCGGGGCACGAUCUCGCGAGAGACGUAGUAGACGACUCCUCGAAAGCGACAAAUAACCGCGAGGCGUCGCACCAGACCCAUAACUCGCUGCUCGCCUCGCUGCGGGUGGACCGGACCGCGCUCGACCGCGUCCUCGCGCGCGCGCGGCACGUCAAGACGGAGGAUGAGAUCGAUUGCCUUCGCCGCGCCAACGCGGUGAGCGGCGACGCGCACGCGGAGGUGAUGCGCGCCGCCGCGAUCGCCGCGAAGAGCGCUCGCGGCGGCGUUCACGAGUACGAACUCGAGGCGGCGUUCCAGGCGCACUGCAUGCGCGAGGGUUUGCUUCACCUCGGGUACCCGUCCAUCGUCGGCGGCGGGCGGAACGCGGCGACUUUGCACUACGAGCGAAACGACGCGUUCGUCGCGCCGCGCGAGUUGAUUCUCAUCGACGCCGGCGCGGAAUGGCGCGGGUACACCGCGGACAUCACGCGGACGUUUCCGGUCGGCGGGGUCUUCGACGCGAUUCGAAAAGACGUCUACGAGGCGGUGUUGGACGUCCAGUGCGCGGCGAUCGACGCGUGCAGGGCGGGGAUCAACUGGCGCGCGAUCGGCGAGAGCGCGAAGGUUCGCACCGCGCAGCGCCUGAUCGACCUGGGGGUGAUCAAGAGAGACAGGCGCAGCGCGGUCGCCGCGGGCGUCGUCUCGCUGUUCCUGCCGCACUCGCUCGGGCAUCUGCUCGGGUUGCAAGUCCACGACGUCGGCCCGGGAGGCCCGGUCCCGGAGACGCUGCUCGAGGGCCAGGUGGUGACGUGCGAGCCCGGGAUCUACUUCGUCGACGGGUUGCUCGGACCCGCGAUGGAGGACGCGACGACGCGGGAUUUUUUAGACGCCGACGUCGUGGCGACGUUUCGGCCGGUGGGCGGCGUGCGCAUCGAGGAUAACCUCGUCGUCACGAGCGACGGCGUGGAUAAUCUCACGACGUGCCCGAAGACGGUGAAGGACAUCGAGGACAUCAUGCGAAGCGUGUGA